AUGGCCGACGUCUCCGAUCCCCAGAUCCAGGAAGCCUAUGAAGAUGUUCGUUCAGACAAGACGGACACUAACUGGAUGCUCAUCGACUACGAGACCGACCGCUCAGACAAACUCGUCCUGACGAAGACAGGCUCAGGCGGCCUUUCCGAGCUCAAAGAGGUCGUCGACCCGAGCAAGGCCUCUUACGCCUACGUCCGCGUCGGGUAUGCCAACGACAAGGAGUCUAAGCGGGAAAAGUUCAUCCUUGUCGUUUGGAUCGGGUCUGGGUGUAAGGUUAUGAGGAAGGCGAAGAUCUCGGUCCAGGCUGGUGAUGUGAAGACUGUCCUUCGUGUGUUCUCGAUCGAGGUGGCUGCCCGGGAGAAGGAUGACUUGAACGAGGAACCCAUCGUCAUUCGAUUGCGCAAGGCUGGCGGUGCGAGCUACGACGGCGUCUAA